UGAAGUUUACCGGAAAUGCUAAUGUUGUGGUAUACACGUCUUCCGGUAACUAUCGCUAUCAAAAAUGGACGCUCCAAUAUUUCAAUUGAAAUUUCUAGUUGUUUUUAUUGUUUCGUUCAUCGUCUUCGUCAAUUUUGUAUACUGUAAUAAUGGCGGAAGGCAUGGUGAUUCCUUGGACACUGAGUUGAGUGGUUUCUCUGUGCCUCUCGAACACUCGUUCGAAGUUGACGAUGUUGCAAAGUUCAGUGUACGUGGAGCACUUGUGUUAAAAGGUGGACGGGAGCCCACAGUCUCGCUGAGUCAGAAUCAACUGUCAGAGGAAGACAGAAUCAAACUGAAGGAAGUGGCUGCAGUGGAUGGUCUCUACAGAAUCAGAGUCCCUCGUGUUUUUCUCCAGGGAGACAGACAGACAGAGCAGCAGAUGGAGGGAUAUCUCACAUCAUUUGUCAGAGCUUGUGCCAUGGUGGAGUCUCAUCUGAGUGAUGCAAUCACUCUCACCACUGAUGUCUCUGGGUAUCUCAUCGGCAUCUCAAUUGUGACGUUACCUGGGGCCUGCAGAGGCACUGAGGUCGAAGAUGAGGUUGAUCUUGAGGUUUUCAACACAACACUCCGGGUCAUGGCUCCUGUUAAUGCACCAGGGCCUGAAACGGCUCUGUUUCUUGAACGGAUGGAACAGGAAUUGGAGAAGAAAGCCAAGAAUCCACAAGAACAGAAAUCUUUCUUUGCUAAAUAUUGGUAUUUGAUUCUUGGAGGUGCAAUCUUCCUCAUGGUCACCAAUUCGGCACAGCCCCCAGCAGGGGGAGGCAGAGAGCAGAGCUGAUUCCCACUGAAUGGAUGUACAUCGUUCCUCUCGUUCUCUUCUUGAUGAUGUCAGGCGCUCAGGACCAAUCAGGAGGAGGAGCAGGUGGAGGAGCAGCCAAUGGUGGCGGUCGAUGAUCCCAGAGAUUCAUCAAUAAGUGCUUCUGUUGAACAGUUUUAACUGCUGUACAUAAUGCUGUUUCAGUGAUAACUGUACAGUGAAGGAAGAUAUUGUGCCCUGCAGACGACUGCAUUUUUAAUACUAAUGUGAAAAUAAAGUAUUUAUUAACAUGA